UAACGGUUAGCGUAAAUUCAGCUUGACGGCAAACGAAAUACAGAAGUUGUAACGGAGCUUAUAAAAAGAUAUUUUAUUAGCUGCCCCCUUUAUAGCGGGUCAAGUUUACAGACGGCGUUUGCAGAGAACUGAAGAUGUUGCUGUGGAUCGUUCUUGUUCUGGAUUUGGGGGUUUCUGCCGUGACGCUGCCAAAAAUCACGGAUGAGAACUUCAUCGCCGAGUGUGUGGAGGAGCACAACAAAGCCCGCUCAGCUGUCAGUCCACCUGCAAACAACAUGCUGUACAUGUCAUGGGAUGAGGCGUUGGCCAUUACUGCCAGAGCGUGGGCAAAACAAUGUAAUGAUCGACACAACGUCCACCUCAAGGAGGCCGGCAACAUGCACCCCAUGUUUACCUCCGUGGGAGAGAACAUCUGGACGGGCCCACUGGAUAAGUACAGCGUAAAGAAUGCCAUUCAAAAGUGGGUGGAUGAAGUCAAGCAUUACAGCUACAAGGAAGACAGAUGUACAGCUGUUUGUGACCACUACAGACAGGUUGUGUGGGCACAAAGCUACAAGGUUGGCUGCGCUGUUGUGCACUGUCCACGCGGUAUCAAAAACUUUGAUCGUAAGGGUGCCAUUUUUGUAUGCAACUACUCCCCAGGUGGAGAUAUUGAUGGAAUUCAGCCUUAUGCAACUACUGGGAAGCCAUGCUCUGGAUGCAAAGGCGAAUGUAAAAACAAACUGUGUCGUAGUCCAGAACGGGAGUCCAGAAAAAGUUACAACUGGGCUCCGCGCUGGGACACUGCUUCACUUAAAAGCAGCGCUGCACCUUACAACUCUUUUUUGGAUAUCCUGAUCAUGCGGCCCAUCGCCCUCAUCUUGAUAUGCAUUCCUGUAUACGCAGUCCAUUACUGUUACCCCAAUCUCUUGUGUUAUGAGUAGAGUUAUUGGUCUGAAGGGAGACCCGGAUGGAUGGCGUCCCACAAUGACCUCCAACUCUAUUAUCUCAACCACAAAAUGUCACCAUAACCUUAUAUCUGAUUUUUCUGUUGAUGCUUGUAUGGACAAAAUUUACCGUACAAAAGCACUUCCAAGCGUUUAUUGAACUAAACCUGAAUCACCUUUAACUACCAGUGCUGCUACAAUCAGUUUGGUUCUUAACAUUAAAAGCUGCUGGUGGUACAA